CAGGUGUGUGUGCUUGUGUGCUUUGUGCGGAACAGCGCUUGGUUGACGCGCUUUUGACGCAACAACUCCGAAGCACAAUGCGAGAAAGCAUCUCUUCUCGCAUGAUCUAGCCAUAAACUGUCUGUUGCUGGUCUAUUUCCCUGUUGUUGUUGGUGCUCUAUUGGAAGUGUGACGGUAUUCUAAGCAGAUCGAUUGCCUCUACCGCAUUCAUUGCUCAAUUGCCUCUGUGUCUGACUGCCGCAGUAGUUUUUGCACCGGUAUUGGCUGGGUCAGCCUGAUCUACAGCAUCAUCACAUCAGCAAUCACAACGCGGCUCUUGUAGCUCAUCACUCAUCACAAUUUCAAACGAUCCACCUAGUGAGAAGAGAAGAGUUCAGUACUAUGAAGAUCUUUUCUCGCAGCCAUCGAUCCGCGCUCAAGACGGUGGAAGACCAUGGCAAGGAUUCGUCGUUGCAAGUGACGGCCUUGGUGGACAAGACCCGACGAGCCUCGCGGUUGCUACAAGAAGAACCCCCCAGUGAGAAUCUGGCUCACUUUCAUCGGGAGGAAAUCUCGUUGGGUUCCGUGUUGCGAACGGGAGAGUUUAGUACCACCUAUCAGGUGACGCAGUUGCCCUACUAUGCUUCCGCCGAACCAGCGCCGUUGGGCGAUGCCUCCUUGACGGUGCGAUCCAGCAUUACUGCCUUGUCGUUGCAGAGGCGGCGGAACCAUGAAGACGAGCAACGACGUGUGGUGUGUGGCCAGAGUCCGCAGCAGUAUUCCUUCAAACACUUGAAUCGCAAAUUGAUCAAACAGUAUCACAAGCAACAACAACGGAGCAACAGCACGCGGCAGUUUGAUGUGGCAGCCACAACCCUGGUAUUGGAGGCACAGUACUUGGCCCGUUUGGAUCACGAGAACAUUGUGGCAUUGCGCGGCGUGCCCAUGGGAGAGGACUACACCAGACGAAUACACGAAGAAUUCUUUCUCCUCACGGACCGGAUUGUGGAAACGCUGGCGGAUCGAAUGGAUCGGUGGAGAGCGCAGGAAGCAAACAGAGCGUUGCGACUCGACACGGCGAGUCCCGCUUUUUUAAAGAAACUGGACAUUGCCAGGGGAAUCUUGAGUGCACUGGACUAUCUACAAACUGAACACAACAUGGUGGUCUUGAACUUGAACCCCAAUUCGAUUGGAUUCAAUGCCGAAGGGACUGUCCAGCUCUUUGAUUUGGGACACUGUCGAGAAGUCGUAACGUGGAAUGAUCCACCAAGAGGAGAUGUGUCACAAGACGAGCAGAGCAACAUCAACCGCGCCGUUAGCGAUGACGAAGUUUCCGUCGACGACAUCUCGGUCAUGCUCGGAAGUCCCGUCGAGACAGCAGCCGCUCCUGCCGCCGCAACACAGCCCGAAGCAAGUGGUACUUCUCAAAUGGGGAAUCAUCGCAAGGUGUUGAUGACUGCGACCACGCGAGCGGGUGUGGUUCCAAGAUAUAUGGCUCCCGAGCUGGUCACUCGGGGUACCUUUCGGCUCCAAAGUGAUUCCUAUUCCUUUGCCCUGAUACUCUUUGAAAUGUUGACACUUUCCAAACCCUUUGCCACACUCAAACCUGGACAACACUUGAUCCAGGUCUGCAUUCAAGGCAAACGACCCAACUUGACGCUGUACCAGUUCCCCACUGCACUCGACAACCUCUUGCAAAAGGGCUGGAAACACAAUUACAGCAAACGAUUAAAGGUCUCCGUCAUGAAGCAAGUCAUGGCCAACAUGACCUUUCGAAGAGAGUCGACGCGAACGCGCAAGAGCAAGGACCCAACCAAACGCAGUCGGCAGAGCAAGGAUGCAUCCAAGUCUUCCCCCAACAAGAAACCAGAGACGGAGCGCAAACUCCGACGCGGUAGAAAACCCGUGGACAAGCCGCUGCCCGAGCGACAAUCGUCCAAGUCGCUGUCUCCUAGAAGGGAUCGAAAGGCACGGGCAACCCUGCGUCGUCAGAGCGAAGGCAAUCUCUUGUCCAUGGUGUCCCCCACGGCGCGCAAAAAGUCAGUUCAAAUGGCCACCGGCAGAAAACACAAGCACGUUGUCAAUGCAUUAGACUAGGUACCGCACUGUAGCUAAGCUUGCUCUAGCUAGCUACUGCCAGCUAAAUAGCAAUACUUUUCUAAUUCGGCAUGAUACUACCUUGCAUACACGGUAGCUGUAAAAGACGGGUGCCCCGACUGCCUAAAGCGCACCCGUAGCAAGCCGUGAAACAUGGGCAGCCAGG